AUGUCCUCCUUCCUAUCCGAUACUCUUGCCAGCCAUCGGUUCCAGUUGCUCGCCACAGCCGUGCUGUCUGGUGCUACGGCUGCCUCUCUCCUGCUUGGAUACCAGGCACUGGAGCGAGAGGAGAGGCUGACGGAGCUGAAGCAGUCCAUCCCGUCGCUGGCCGAUGGGACUCACGAGACCCAACAACUUAAUGGCUUUGGAGCGUCCUCCGUGCCGGCCCUCGACAAGGAAGAUGCGAGGAAUCAAGAGCUCGCACGAAGAGCGCAAGCCGGGGACUUUGAUGAAGAGCUCAUCCUGGAACAGUUGGCGAGAAAUCGCGUGUUUCUGACACCCGAAGGCCUUGAGAAACUGCGUCGCUCGUUCGUCAUCGUCGUGGGCUGUGGCGGCGUCGGUUCCCACUGCGUCGCCUCGCUGGCUCGGUCUGGCGUGUCCAAGAUUCGGCUCGUGGACUUUGACCAGGUCAGCCUCAGCUCCCUCAACCGCCACGCCGUGGCGACGCUCGCCGAUGUCGGCAUCUCCAAGGUGCUCUGCCUGCAGCGCCGGCUCAUGGCCAUCGCGCCCUGGGUCAGGUUUGAUCUGCAGCAGGAAAAGUUCGAGGAGGCCGUGGCGGCCAAGAUGCUCGAUCCGUGGCACGACGGAGGCAUGCCCGACUUCAUCGUCGACGCCAUCGACAACAUAGAGACCAAGGUCGAGCUGCUCAAGUACUGCCACGACCACGAGCUGCCGGUCAUCAGCGCCAUGGGGGCCGGCUGCAAAAGCGACCCCACCAGAAUCAUCGUCGGCGACAUCGGCGCCAGCAAGGACGAUCGGCUGUCGAGGGCGACGAGGCGGCGGCUGAAGCUGCUGGGCAUCACGAGCGGCAUCCCCGCCGUCUACUCGACCGAGCAGUCCGGGGAGGGCAAGGCCGAGCUCUUGCCGCUCGCCGACGAAGAAUUCCAACGGGGCUCGGUCGGCGAUCUUGGCGUCAUGCCCAACUUUCGCGUCAGGAUACUGCCUGUGCUAGGGACGAUGCCGGCAAUCUUUGGCCUCACGGCUGCGAACCACGUCAUCCUCAGCAUUGCCGGGUACCCCAUCGACUACGUGCCCGCCAAGGGACGAGAGAAGAUGUACGAGUCGAUUUUCAACUACGUCCAGGGCUCCGAAGAGAAGCUGGCCCGGAUGUUCGAGCCUGGCGUGAUUGGCGUCAAGACGCCGCUGACGAUGGGCGACGUCGCUUUUCUCGCCGAGGAACUAUACCACGCACGCAGCAUCAUCAGCGGCAUCUCCACCAAGCUGGUGCUGAUACGCUGGCGCAAGCCUGAAGUGACCAAUCUCAACAUCAUCGGUGAGGGCAAAGACGUGCAGAAGUGCUCGACCAUCCGGUUGCGAGACCUGGUCUGCAUGACAAAAGAAGAAGCGACGCGGCAUGAAAAGGACAUUCUCAAGCUCGGCAUGCCGCUGGAAUCCUUGUACGACGCAGAAACGAUCAGCAACGUCGAGGCACGGCUCGCUGAGGCGGCCAAGUAUGAGAAGCUUCGGUGA